UCUUCUCCAUUACAGAUUUACAGCUCAUAGCACAGUUCCUAAACCCUAAAAAUAGCCGGUACAUCACUUACAUCGCAAAAUACCACCCAUGGAUUUCCACACCCUCGCCAGGAGAGAUCUCCAAGCUCUUUGCAAGAAGAACAAAAUUCCGGCUAACAUCUCCAAUGUUGCCAUGGCUGACGCUCUCAAAGCUCUUGAGUUUAUCAAAGGUAUUGAAGAGGGAAUGAAGCUUUUGGAAUCGGAAACAAUGGCAGUUGAAUCGCCGGAGAAGUCAGAUAUGAUAUCCAGCGCACCUCGCACUGGGAGAAGAACUGCAGUUUGCAAGACUGCUAAGAAAGAAUCUGAAAAUUCUCAGACUAUUACUAGAACUCGGCGAUUAACAAGAAAAAUUGCCCCUGAAAUUUUGGAUGAGAUGAAGAAUAAAGCGGCUUUAGAGUCUCCAGCAGCACCAACUGGAAGAAGACAAAGGGCAGCUGGACCAAAGAUGGAAACCUUAUUGAAGGAAUGUCUGGACAAUGAGGAAGACAGGGAACAGAUUUUGCACAAAAAGAAAGAUCUUACAAAAACACCAGGAACUGUGAUGACCAGCCGCAGGAAGGAAAUGCCUAAGGAGAAGAGUUCAGUUUGCCAAGUGUACAGCACUCGCAGAUCAGCUAGGUUGGCUGCAAAGCUAUAUGGGUCAAGCAUACAGGAAACUGAAGCAUCCGAAAAUGGUACAUGUGGUUCCCUUACCGUUGAAGCAGAUGGGGUUAUGAAUAUCAACUCCAAACUGCGUUCUCUUCACUUGGAUGAAGAACAUAUGACAGUUGAUUCAACAAGUGCCUCAGGUGGAUUUCAGAAUCAGAGUUUGGCUGGCAAGGCGAUUACCAAUGAGCUAGAUGACAUUUAUGCAAAUGUAGAAUUAUCUUCUGGCAGCAAGGAAUCCAAUGAUGUAGAAAUGGAUUUGCAAGAAGGUGCUGAUCUCAAGCUUAAAUGCCAAGAGGUUGUUGCUGAUAAUAUGGCUGUAUCAGAAAAGUUGGAUGAUGAUGAUGAUGAUAAGCCUGAGGUGCCAUAUACAGAUUCAAGUGCCUUAUGUGAAAACAAAAAUGAAAGUUUUGUAAGAAAGGAAGUGAAUGUGGAAAUGCACCAAAGCUCUGAAGACUUUGCUACCGAGGAGCCGAGUGACAUUUACAUAAUUGGCAAGGAAAGAAAUGAUGCUGGAAUGGUUAUGCAAGAAUGCGACCAGGAAAUUCAGCUUGAAUGCCAGGAGGUGUUUGGUGAUGAUAAGUCUAAAGUGCCAAAUACAAGCGAAAUUUCUGAAUGUGUGGUAGAAAAUGCUGAUGCAUUAUGCAGUACAGAGAUUUUUCUUGUUGCAGAUUCAACAGUCUGUUUGAGUGGAAAUGGGAAUAGAACAUUGGCCAGCGACGAACAGAAUGUUGUUGUUGAUACGCACCCAAGCUCUGAAAUGAAGUUGGAAGAAUAUGUGGUAAAGAAUGUCGAUGAGCCCAACACUAAUCAAAUCUUUGGUGGUGUGAUGCAGCCAUUGGAUGAUGGUGAGAAGGUAGAAGAUGAAACCUUCCACUGCAUGGCAAAAGAAGACGAAGAGGCACUGCUCCUAUCAAAGCAGUUUGGCGAUGAUACCAACAUCGGUGAAAUGCCUUCUGACUCUGAAGAAUCUGAAGAACACAAUGUAAUUAUUAAUCUUCAGGUUAAUAAUGGUGAGAAGGUAGAAGAUGAAACCUUCUACUGCAUGGUAAAAGAAGACGAAGAGGCACUGCUCCUAUCAAUGCAGUUUGGCGAUGAUACCAACAUCGGUGAAAUGACUUCUGACUCUGAAGAAUCUGAAGAACACAAUGUAAUUAUUAAUCUUCAGGUUAACACUACCAUUGUUGAUGAUGAAGUUGAAGAGGGUGAAAACAUUCUCCUUUCGAAGCAGGUCGGUAAUGAUAUCCGUGAAACAGAUUCAGACUCCGAGGAAUCUGAAGGUGUAAUAAAUAAUCUUCAGGUUGACACCACCCCAAUGGAUGUUAAAAUCUCUGAUGGCGAAAAGGAUCUGCUACAGUCAAAGGAGUUGGGCAAAAUGUCUUUUGACUCUGAUGAAUCUCAAAAACAAUGUGUAGUAAUCAAUCUUCAGGAUGAUAAGAUUCUGCUUCUUUCAAAGCAGUUGGGUGAAACAGCUUCUCACUCCGAAGAACCUGAAGAAGGCGUAAUAAUCAAUCUUCAGGUUGACACCACCUCAAUAAAUGUUGGAAUAUCCGAUGAUGAAAAGGAUCCGCUACUGUCAAAGCAGUUGGUCAAAAUAAUGUCAUUUUACCCUGAAACAUCAGAAGAUGUGAUAAUAAAUCCUCUGGUUGGCGAGGAUGUUGGAGACAAUGAUGGAAAAACGAAAUCUGAUAGUAAUAAUACUACUGAUGUUGAUGAGGGGAAGAAUAGUGCCAAGUUUGAUCAAGAAGAAAAUGAUGCUGAAACCCUUCUUGUGCCUCAGCAACCUUCAAUCUCCACUCUGGUGUUCUCAGACGACAAGGAGAACAUUGACACUAGGGAGGGCAUGGAAUUGGAUCUAACUAAAAAGAAAAAGGAUGGAAACAAUCUUGAUGAAAUGAGCAUAAGACAGCUCUGUAAGAAGUUGAAAGAGUUGAAUCCUUAUCAUUCACAGCAGGUAGAAGAAGAACAUGAAGAUGGUGAUGGAGCUCCUCCUCCCUUCCAUGCAAGAAACAACAAGAAGCAGAAAUGGCGGAAAGGCGGCAAAGCCUUUGUCGCACAGCGCACUGCUGAGAACAGACCUGCACUUCAACAGGUUCCACACAACUGCUUGGUUGGUAAUUCCAAAAAACAGCUCCCAUUGAUAUGAUCAAUAUCCAAGAGCAAUCACUUUGUGGUUGCAGUCUUCUUCAAGACAAACAAGAAAUGGCCAAGAACAUUUUCAAUUACGUUCUUUUAUGGAGUAGUUAUAAUAAUUAACUGCUUUUAAUAUUACAAUUGUCACUGAGGAUAUUUUGCUAUUUGUGCAUUUCAAGGUUUUGAAGUGCCGUGAGUUUAUUAUAUUUAU